GGCCUCAUGCACCUGACCUCGCCGGGGAACUCCUCUGCACCCCGCUGGUCCUGGGGGUCAAUCUCUGGGGGAGAACACCCGAAGGCCAUGCUUCUUAGGGUGUGGCCCCAGGGUUUGCCCCGGCCUCUGAUGCACAACCCACUCCUGCCACCACUCCUGCCACCCACGCCUAAUGCUGAGCCCCUGUUCUUGGGUCCCAUGCCGGGUGUACUACUUCAAUCACAUCACCAACGCCAGCCAGUGGGAGCGGCCAAGUGGCAACAGCAGUGGCAGUGGCAAAAAUGGACAGGGGGAGCCUACCAGGGUGCGCUGCUCACACCUGCUGGUCAAGCACAGCCAGUCACGGCGGCCUUCGUCUUGGAGGCAAGAGAAGAUAACCCGGACCAAGGAGGAGGCCCUGGAGCUGAUCAACAGCUACAUCCAGAAGAUCAAGUCCGGAGAGGAAGACUUUGAAUCUCUGGCUUCUCAGUACAGUGACUGCAGCUCUGCCAAGGCCAGGGGAGACCUGGGUGCCUUCAGCAGAGGUCAGAUGCAGAAGCCAUUUGAAGACGCCUCCUUUGCGCUCCGAACAGGGGAGAUGAGCGGGCCCGUGUUCACGGACUCCGGCAUCCACAUCAUCCUGCGCACGGAGUGAGGGGCAGGCGGCCCAGGCCUGGCCUUGGGGUGGGGCGGGGCAGGCAGGGUGGCUGGGCCCGGAGGCCCUGCGCACUGCUGCCAGCCGAGCAUGGGUGCCUCUCCCUGCUGAUGUCACACAGUAUUUAUUGCUCCCAAAUGGCUAGGAGAGGGGCUGUCACCAUUAGGGGCUCCCUGUCGGCCCAGGUUGGGGCUGUCCCCGCAGACUCCUCCCUUUGGAAUUGAUUCGGAAGGACAGCGGAGUGGGGAGGCUCCCAGAGCUCCAGACCCGGGGGCUGGGGUGACCUGUCCCAAAGGGAAGGCCUAGUCGGCUGAGCUGCCCCGCGUCCAGGAUGGGGUGGGCGGGCCUUACAUUGUUUCUGGUUAUGCCGUGUUCCUCUAUUAAAUUGCAAAAAGCAGAUGCUCUGUGUGGGGCCCAGGCUGCUGCUGCCGUGGGGCCCUCUGAGCAGCAGCGCAGCACCCGCACCCUCCAUUAAACCUGGAACCACU